GUCCUUCCCAAUGGCUUCCUCUUCUUUACUCUGUCUCACAAUUUGCUCUCUUGUACUAUUCAAUGUUUGCUUUGCUCAACUUGAGCAAGGGUUCCAGUUGCGUCCCACGCAUGAACGGAGACGCGGGCAGCAAGAACGAUGGGUAUCCGAGUGUCAAAUCGAGCGCUUAAACGCAGCCGAGCCAGAUCGUAAGAUUGAGUCCGAGGCCGGUGUCACUGAAAUAUGGGACGAGAAUGAUGAGCAGUUCCAGUGUGCCGGUGUCACCGCCGCUCGUCACACUAUUGAAAGGAAAGGCCUUCUGUUGCCUGCUUACGCCAAUGCUCCUAGGCUACUCUAUGUCGUCCAAGGCAGGGGAAUUCAGGGACAAGCAAUGCCGGGUUGUCCAGAGACAUUCCGCUCAGAAUCAGAGUCGCAAAGGAGAGAUAUUCCAAGAGACGAACAUCAGAAGGUCCGAAGAAUCAGAGAGGGUGAUAUUGUUGCUGUACCUACUGGAGUCACUGACUGGAUUUACAACGACGGCGACUCCCAGCUCAUUCUCGUCCAAAUUAUUGACGUUGGUAACGAUGCCAACCAGCUCGAUCAGAACAUGAGGAAAUUCUACCUUGCUGGAAACCCGCAACAAGAAUUACAAGGACAGAGGGAGCUCCAAAGCCAGAGCGAGAGGCAGAGACAAAGUCAGGGCCGCAGCUCAAGAGGCAGCCAGCAAGACAACGCCGGAAGCGUCCUCAGCGGCUUCGACGAGCGAAUUUUGGCCGACGCAUUCAACAUCGAUACCAACCUAGCCCAGAAACUUCAAAACAGAAACGACAGGAGGGGCAUUAUCGUCCAAGUCCGCGAGGAACUCAGAGUGGUCGUGCCAGAAAGCCGACAAGAGGAGGAAGAGCGCGAGAGGGAGAAAGGAAAGAGACUUCCGAUCAACGGCAUAGAAGAAACUUUCUGCACAGCCAGGAUGACGCAAAACAUCGCCGAUCCCAAACAUGCAGACGUCUACACCCCACGUGGCGGUCGAAUCUCACACGUUAACGCCGUCAACCUUCCAAUCCUCCAACACUUACAACUCAGUGCGGUGUACGGAAUGCUUUACAGAAACACAGUUCCGUCACCGCUCUAUAACCAGAACUCGAACAGCAUUGUUUACAUCAUCAGAGGUGAUGGACGGAUGCAGGUAGUGGGAGACAACGGAGAGUCAGUUUACAAUGGGCAGGUUCGGGAGGGACAGAUAAUCGUGGUCCCACAGAACUACGUGGUGAUCCACAAGGCAGGUGAGAAGGGAUUGGAGUUCAUCGUAUUUAAGACUCAUGAGGUGGCGAAGAUCAGUCCGUUGGCUGGGCGUACGUCUGUUUUGAGGGCAAUGCCGGUGGAGGUGUUGAUGAACUCGUAUCAGAUCUCUAGAGAGGAUGCGCGGAGAUUGAAAGAGGGUAGGCAGGACGUGACUGCUUAG